AUGGGUUGUUCAAUUAGUUCAGUUUCUCCAGCAUUUUUUGAAACUACAGAAUGUCCAAGUGCAGUUAUCAAUAAUGAAAAGGAAGGUGAUGUCUAUCUAAUGGUUUAUGCAGAUACUAAUUUACCGGGUGAUACCAAGCUUCAACAAAAUUAUAGCAUUGUAAUUGAUGUUGCAGGUGAAUCAAUAAAUGACCAUGAUACAUCAGGUGGAGCUUUUAUUCCAAAAGGUGUCGAGAUUUAUUUGUCUCUUAGUGAUGGUGUUGUAAAUGUCCAAACUCAAAGAAAUGAUCAUCUUAAACCAAUGUUUCAAUCAUACAAGCUACUAGGUAAAAUUGAAAAUGUUUACCAUCAAGGUAAUCCAAAGGAAUGGAGUGAUGGUUUAAAACAAGCUGCAGAAAAAUUUUUUAACGAAUUUAAAUCUCAAAAUGGAAAUCAAUGGAACCAUCAAUGUAAUAGUCAUAAAUUUUCAAAAUAUCUCAUUGAAAAACUUUCAAAUAAUAACCCUCACCAAUUACAAUUUCCUAAAGAAAUCUAUAUAGCAGGAGAAAAUGAUAAAGAAUUUCCAAUUUAUUUUAAAAUUUAA